CGCAGUAGCGCUGUGUGGAUUUGCAGACUGCCAUCAUGCGUGUUCACAGCGCCUGCGGGCCAGAGCCCCAGGACAGCGAUGGCGGGGAAGAAGCUGACGUUUAAUGAUUAAUAUUCCUGACGGAUGAACAGAAGUCUUCUGGAAAGAACAGUGAAUUAAAGGUCAUUUUGGAGCAGCAGGAGCGAGGGUCUUCAGCAGAACCAUCUUUUUAACGCGCCUCAGAAGAACAAGGCUGCAUUACUACAGGCUAUAGCGCAAACCAGCAGAAAGUGACAGGAAACAGCGCAGUACUUACUGAGUAUGAUGUCCUUAGCCCGAACAUUCAUCAGACUGCGAGGGACUCUGCAGUCAGCCUCUCGAGCUGGAUGCAAACAAACCUCAUGUGGGAGCAAAAGAUGGCAACAUACUAUACCUCAGGCAGCAACCUGUAACUGGCAGCUGUUGGAUGACUGUUUUGAACUCAGUUAUGGGGGCCUCGUGAUGCACUUUGACUAUGUGUGGCUGAGGGACCACUGCCGCUCCGCCUCCUGCUACAACUCCAAAACCAACCAGCGCAACCUGGACACCGCCAGCAUCGAACUUGGCAUCCGGCCCGCAAAGACCCGAGUGGACGAGGAGAACCUUUUCCUUACAUGGCCUGAUGGUCAUGUGACACGCUACAGUCUGCCUUGGCUGGUUGAGAGCAGCUACGAGGGUCAGAAACAGAGUGCCGUGCAGCCGCGCAUUCUGUGGAACUCUGACAUCUACACCAAUGCCAAGGUGCCUUCAGCCAGCUGGGAGAAGUUUAUGAGCUGCGAUGAGGAGCUGAAAAGGUUCCUGAGGAACUUCUUGUUGUAUGGCAUUGCAUUUGUAGAAGAUGUCCCAGCCACAAUGGAUGCCACAGAGACAGUGACCCAAAGAGUUAGCCUUAUCAGAGAGACCAUGUACGGGCACAUGUGGAAUUUCACCUCCGAUUUCUCCCGCGGAGACACGGCCUACACAAAGUUGGCACUGGACCGCCACACGGACACCUCGUAUUUCCAGGAGCCUUGUGGGAUCCAGGUGUUCCACUGUCUGAGGCACGAGGGCACAGGUGGCAGGACUCUGCUGGUGGAUGGCUUCUAUGCUGCUGACAAAGUGCUCCAACAAUCAGCAGAAAACUUUGAGCUUCUGUCACGCGUGCCCAUCAAACACGAGUACAUUGAGAACCAUAGCAACCACCGCAACCACAUGAUCGGCAUCGGCCCUUUGCUCAACGUCUACCCCUGGAACAAUGAGGUCUUCAUGAUCAGGUAUAACAACUAUGACCGUGCAGCGAUAAACACCGUUCCUCAUGAUGUGGUGCAUCGCUGGUAUGUGGCCCAUAGGCAGCUCAGUGCCGAGCUUAGGAAGCCUGAGAAUGAACUGUGGGUCAAGCUCAAACCUGGCAAGGUACUGUUUAUUGAUAACUGGAGAGUGCUGCAUGGUAGAGAGUCCUUCACUGGGCUCCGUCAGCUCUGCGGCUGUUAUCUGACCAGAGACGACAUGCUCAACACAGCCCGUUCCCUCGGCCUUCAGGCUUGAACAACAAACAGGAUUUCAGGAGGCAUCAAAUAAGCUCCUAUUUCUAUUUGAUUGCUCUAGCUGAAAUAAAUUAGAAUAUGUAAGGGAUAAAAUAAGGAGAAAAAACAGAUAAAAAUGGUUCUUAAAUAUCAAAUCCAAGUAUGAUUUGUAAUUAUGAUUAAUGUUGGAUCAAAAGCAACUUAUCCCUGGUAAAACCAAUGUGAACAGGAAGCAGUUGUUGGUGUCAGUGAGCAGAAUUCACUUCCUUGGCUCAUGAAACACACUUUGUUCUUAAUUUUACACCAAAACUGGCAGCAGGUCUGUUUGAAAUUACAUCAAUAUGAGAGUGGUCACUCCACCGCCUUUGACCUGCCUGUGUGACCUCGGCUCAUGUUACUUACCCUCACUGGCGAGGGUCAUCUGUUUUCAGUAGCCCUAAGCUAAACGCUCACUUACAUCUUGAUAACGCAUAGUCCUGUUUCCCUAUAGGAGGUUUCGGUUGCUUAGAACAGGAUUUCAUGAAGAGUCGUGGCUGUUCAGAAGGUAAAUCGUGGCCGAGAUUUUAGCAGUUAACGCCAUGUAGUUACAUACUGUUCAUCAUAUUUAGUUUGCAUCUAAAACUGUCGUAGAUAUAAUCUUAGACAUGCUUAAAAGCAUUACAUUUUACAUUUUGAAGCUGUGCGCAGGUCACAGAAAUUAAGGUUUUAGUUUUUACAUGUCAAACUGAAGAGGUUCAUAUUUUAGGACACUUAAAAGUGCUGGUUUACAAAACUUUCAGUGAUGGAAAUACUAGUACAAAGCUAUACUUGAAAGAGAAACUGCUUCAGCAGACGCAUAAGGCAAAUCCUGACAAACUGGCAAAUCCUGGCACAGCUCUUUGAAAUACAUGGACAAAUGAAAUGCGCUGCAUAGUUUGAACAGAAAGGACAUGAUAAUUAAUGGUCAAACAAGGAUUAAGCAGUAGUUUGCAGUUCAUCUCAAAGUAUAAAAGAACCAUUACAGAAAAGUAGUAAUUUGACUGUACCUAGAUUUUGGCCACACUAAUAAAUGGAAGGAAUUUAUUGCAUUUUUGCCAUUUGCUACUUAAGGGAGAAUAAAUGGUGAUUUGUGCCGCACUAUGAUCAAGCACUUGCUCAUGCUUAUGACUAAAGCACAGUAGACACAGUUAUACAAAAUCUAUUAACAUUUUCAACCUGAAAUUGAUAUUUUUUUGGACCUUGUUAGUUUAUGUACCUGUUUAUAUUAAGCAUGAUUCAUAAUAUCAUAUCAUAUAUUAUUUAAAAGAUAAUCUUUGCAAUCUUCCAUCAAAAUGAAGACUGCCUCUUAAACGUCUUCUGAGUUUUGAUUAUGUCACCGUGCGCCAUCAACAGCUAAUAUCACGUUUCACCUCCUACCCCCCCCCCAAAGGGCCCACAAUAAACAGGGUAAAUACAGGUAACUGUGACAUGCACAGCAAAGUGUUUUUGUGCCUUAUUGGCAAUGUCGGGAUGUGUUCUACACACAACAGCUCAAACCAAAACCAAAUCACAGUAUAUUGGCGAUUAGUUUUUGGUAAAGAUUGCAGCCUGUUUUUAGAAUGCUACAGGCACUCCGUUAUACUUUUUAUAUUAUAAUGUUAUGAUUCAUCUCAGUGAUAUGAUUGUGCGCACAACAAAUGCCUAAUUAUUACCCCUUACAAAUAAAUAUUGUUUUGCAGUUUGGAUGUAUCAGUGUAUCAGUGGUUGUGCUGUCACUAUAUCUUGUGUGAGUGUGCAAAUGUUUCCUCUGCUGAUUGUGUUUAUGAUUUAUUUGCCAAUAAAGUCAUUGGGGACAAACUAA